AUGACUCUAAAAGUCUACACAAGCCUUUUGCUCUCGCUCUUGGUGGUCAACUCUGUGUGGACUCGAACUGUGAGGCAAGUUUAUGACGAGCUGGAUCCUGAGCACUGGUCUCACUACACCUCUGAGUGCCCACGAGAGUGCUUCUGCCCUCCUAGCUUCCCUAAUGCCUUAUACUGUGACAACAAAGGACUUAAGGAAAUACCUCCAAUCCCAGCAAGAAUUUGGUACCUUUACCUUCAAAACAACCUCAUUGAAACCAUUUCAGAGAAGCCUUUUGUCAAUGCCACUCACCUGAGGUGGAUCAAUCUGAACAAGAAUAAGAUCACCAACGGCGGAAUUGAGAGCGGUGCCCUGAGCAAGCUGAAAAGGUUGCUUUACUUAUUCCUCGAAGACAACCAGUUGGAAGAGGUACCUGCCCCAUUACCAGUGGGCCUGGAACAGCUAAGGCUGGCUAGAAACAAAAUCUCCAGGAUCCCAGAAGGAGCCUUCAGCAACCUGGCAAACCUUACCAUGCUAGACCUGCACCAGAACAGCCUGCUGGACAGCGCUCUCCAAAGCGACACCUUCCGAGGGCUCAUCAACCUCAUGCAGCUCAACAUAGCAAAGAACUCCCUCAAGAAAAUGCCUUUGAGCAUCCCAGCAAACACACUGCAGCUCUUCUUGGACAACAACUCCAUCGAGGUGAUCCCAGAGAACUACUUCAGCGCCAUACCCAAAGUGACUUUCCUUAGGCUGAACUACAACAAACUCUCUGACCAUGGCAUUCCCCCAAAUGGGUUUAAUGUUUCAUCCAUCCUAGACCUGCAGCUGUCUCACAACCAGCUCACUAAAAUCCCACCCAUCAAUGCUCACCUGGAGCACCUGCACCUUGACCACAACAAAAUCAAAAGUGUCAAUGGCACUCAGAUAUGCCCAGUCUCAAUUGCCCUAGCAGAAGACUAUGGGUAUCAUGGCAACGUCCCUCGCCUCCGGUACCUGCGCCUGGAUGGAAACGAAAUCCAACCUCCCAUCCCACUGGAUGUCAUGGUCUGCUUCAGAUUGCUCCAAGCUGUUGUCAUCUAAAGACCCUACAGCAUCACCCUUGCUGUCAAGGGUGCUAAGAUACAAGCUUUGCUGGGCUGAAGCUUGUCCUAACUCAUAAACCAAGAAGUAAAAGCUUUUUACUUUGACUCCUUUUUAUUCUCUUUGCUUCCACCUUUUCUGCAGCUGAAAAGAUCAUUCCUCUCUCAGAGAACGUUUUGGAUGGACAUGAAACUUGUGCUUAACACUUCACCUACAGAUUCCUAACACAAGUAUGGUGAAAUUCAUCUGUGUAAGGUCUCAGAUAUCCCACAGCAGGUUCUUGUCUGCUUUGUCUCUGUUGUCCAAUGCCUCCCCUGUUAACAGCAUCAUUUCAGGCAAAUUAUAUGCCCUUAUUUCCCUUCUUGUCCAAUGCCUCCCCUGUUAACAGGAUCAUUUCAGGCAAAUUAUAUGUCAUUAUUUUUGUUGCAUUGUAACUAACAUAAACGAUUUUGGGUGCACUUAUUAAAUAUAUAUGCUAGAAACAUGAUGAGUUGCAUGACUGUGGCAACCUGGGCCAGUGCCUCACCACCCUCUUCUUCCCAACAUCCAGUUUAAAUCUCCCCUCUGCCAGUUUAAACCUAUUGACAUGGUCUAGUGGGAGGUGUCCCUGGCCAUUGCAGGGGGACUGGAACUAGAUAAGCUUCAAGGUCCCUACCAACCCAAUCCAACCCAUUGUGUGAAUCUAUGAAUCUACAGGGAGAUAAACCCAAGAUCAACAGCUACUGUGCAUUUCCAGGCUAGGUAUUUCACACAAACCUCAAUGCUCAGUUAAUGGACUGCUGAAGAGCCAAUGAAGACAAUAAAAGCUUCCUCCCAUUCCAAACAUUUACUAACCUAGCCAAGGAAUUGCCCAGGAAUUGUAGCAGCUGGAGAUUUAAACAAAUCCAGCCCACUGAGAGCAGUAUUUAGCUGUGUCUGGUGACACAUGAGGCCACUGCAUUGCAGUGAAGCCCACCUUUUUAGCACACAGCACAUUCCCACGUUCCUAACACCCCAGUGGGGACUUUUUUCUUAGACUCAUAGAAUCAACCAGGCUGGAAGAGAGCUCCAAGCUCACCCAGCCCAAACUAGCACCCAGCCCUGCCCAACCAAC